ACGCACGCGUUGUGCACGCUGCGCGUAUAAAGGCAAAGUGAAACCAGGGAAGUGAAGGUGAAGACUCGAAUUGUCCUCUAACCGUCCAGCAGCACCCGAAGAAGCGUCGCUAUGUCUCUGGCCGCCAACGCGUCCCGUUUGUUCCGCGGUGUCCUGAGGACUCCGCUGGUCUCUGCGGCGAAACAGGUGACCUCCAAACCUCCCAAACACCCCAUCACUCCACUGGAGCAGGGAAUAGCUUUGACAAUCUUGUUUGCGACUAUCCUGGGUCCCUCUGGCUGGGUACUGUGUCACCUGGAGGACUACAAGACGAGGCAGUAGAGAGGAAGAGCCGAGUGUCCGAAGUGAAGAUGAAGGGCCGCUGAUUCCCUCUGUCUCUCUCUCUCCUGGGUGUCUACUCUGCAGCGUCUCACCCGUACUGAUUGGGAUCAAUGUGUUUCUGUACCUAUGAUGAGGUGUGAUCAUAUGUGUAUCACUGUGCCCCUCUCUCAGCCUUUUACCAAUAAAUAUGUUCAGUGUGUAGAAAA